GCUCCUGAGUUCAGUGACUAACUGCUCACCCUUCACUAAAGCUGAAAACUCAAAGCAAAAUAAACCAUGAGGCUGUUCCUGAGUGUCCUGCUGGUCACUCUGACUCUUUGCUGCUACGAGGCCAAUGCGUUGGCCUGUCCAGCCUUUGUUCAAGAUAUCUCAGGCUUUCUCCUGAAACCUACAAUAGUCUUCGAGCCAUCUCUUGCAAAAUAUGAAGCACCUCCAGAAAACGUUCAGGCCGUUUUGGAUGUGAAGAGUUGCACAGAUAACAUCCCCUAUUCCGGAAGAUUGUCACUUAUAAAAAUAAUGGUAACUUCUUUCUUCUUUGUGCACAGGGGCUUCUGCUCAGCUGAGUAGCCAGGAAGGCAGUCA